AGGAGGGGGGGAGCGCCGGGGCUCCUCGGAGAAGCCACCGGCGGAGGGGCCGGCAUGAGGUCCGCCUCUGCCUCGGGAAGCCCCCUCCUCAGUGCCAGACUCUCCGCCUGCCCGUUGAAUGGCACACAUUGAAAGACAGAGGAAGGAAGGAGGGCAGCCGCAGCCGCAGCCGCCGCCCUCUUAGCCCGCGUAAUGUUUGGGGAAUUUCGAUUGGUGUCCCGGCCUAUUUCGGGCCCACUGAAUAACGGUGCAGGGUUUGAACGGCAGCAGGGCCCGCCUCCCUCCCCCGCCUCCCCGGCGUAGCCCCGGCAGCCAGUGGAUGCGCCUCCGUCUCUCCGCUCUCCGCGCGCGUCGAGCAGCUCCUUGCUGCAGGAAGGGAGGCGCGGAUGGCUCUGGCGCGCAGGAGGGGCGCCCCACUGCCCCGGGCUGGGGAGGCCUCUGGAGGGCGGCUGCGGACCCCUCUCGGCUGCUAGAGGAGGGGGCCAGGCGGGCCAGGCGACCAUGCCGCUGCGGGACUUCUUCUGGAGCUGCUGCAAAAGGGCCAAGUGCUUCACAUUACUAGGAGGCAAGAAAGAUGUGGAAGCGGAGGCGAAGAAAGCGUGCGACUGGCUGCGGGCGGCUGGGUUCCCUCAGUAUGCACAACUCUAUGAAGAGUCCCUGUUCCCUCUUGACAUCGCCUCUGUGAAGAAAGACCACUGCUUUCUGGAUCAAGAUUCGCUCAGUUCCCUCUGCAGGAGGCUCAUGACCCUCAACUCGUGUGCCUCGAUGAAGCUGGAGGUCCACUUUCAGCGGAAGCAGAAUGAAGACUCCGAGGAGGAAGACCUCUGUGCCAUCAGCAACCGGUGGGCCUUCCAGAGGGACAGCAAAAGGUGGUCUCGGGUUGGCUCCGACGACCUCCUCUCCCGCAGCCUGGAGAGAGACUCCGCCAUGCAGAAGGUGUCCAGUCAGGAAAGCGUCCUCACCGACCUCAGUGCUGACCUGGAGGCCACGUCUCUCCACAGCACCGCCAGCACAGGGGUUGGCGCUGCUGCUGCGGUGGUGGUGGUGAUGCUGCCCAGUCCGCCCCCCACCUUAAGCAACUCCACCCACAGCCUGAGUGGCAACUGGCCAGCAGACCAGCCUCCCAGUCUGAGCAGGAGCAGCAAGGAGAAGCCCAAGAAGUGCCGGACGCGGAGCUUCCUCCGGAGGAUCGAAUCUCUGCGGAGGAAAGACAAGGAGAAGUCAGACUCCGCUAAAACCAAAGAGGGGGCCGCUGCAACAGAGACCAAGCCGUGGUGGGAAGAUGGUGGGGACCCUGCACUGGGGAAGGGGGCUCCCCCAAGGAAGGGGACCCUGCCCUCUUUCUGCAGUGGCCAAAACCUCCCCUCGACAGGGUAUCGGACUAACUGUGUGCUGGGCCUGGCCGGAAACAAGCCACCACUUGAGCCCAAGCGUGGUGGUGUUUACCUGGAGGACUAUGAAGCCGCCGUGCGUAAAGGCCCCGGCUGGGAUGCCAGGAGAUUCGGCUACCGAGAUCUGUGUCAAAGGGAUUAUUUGAUCCACAUCCCUGGGGACUACAAGCCAGGCACUUUCCCCAAGUCGCUCUCCAUCGAAAGCUUGUGUCCGCUUGAUAGCAGCUGUUUGGCCGACUGGAAAUCCGGCAAGCAGAGCUCGGCUUUCUCCGCAGGCGGCCUCAGCAGCAGCAACCGCGUGGAAGCCACCCCCUCCCUGCGGGCCUUGGCAUCCCGGCAGAGGCGGCCUUCCUGCAGCUCGAUGGGCAGCCGCACCAGCCUCUAUGACAACGUGCCGGAGUUCAGCAGCAGCGGCGACGACGACCUGUUUGACCUGGGGAGAGAGGGGGGCUACGGGAGCCUUGACGAGGUCCUGCAGGAUGUGUGGGGGCUGCAGCAGAAGGUGGAGCUCUGGUCCAGGGCACUCCGGCUGGACCUGGAGGGGGACAGCCUGGGGGUCGAGGGCGGGGAGGAGGACACCGACUCCGGGGGAGAGCCUGCCCACCUGCACUUCGAGGAGCAGUCCAUGUCCGAUAUCGGCACCUCCGCCAGCGACUUUGAAAGUACGGCCAACUCUCUGAAUGAGGUUGAAGACAUCGAAAUGAGGGAGCGGAGGGACUCGGGAGUGGGAGCGUCCCUCACCCGGCCUUGCAGGAAGCUCCGCUGGCACAGCUUCCAGAACUCCCACCGGCCCAGCCUGAACUCGGCCUCCCUGGAGAUCAACCGCCAGUCGGCCUCCCAGCUCAACCUCCUCCAGAAGUGCUCCCUCCUUCACCUCACGGCCAUCAUGGAGAAAUACUCGGUGGUGCCCCACAAGCAGGCCUGGGCAUGGACCGUUCCGAAGUUCAUGAAGAGGAGCAAGACCCCUGACUACAGGGACAAGAUGGUCUUUGGGGUCCCCCCCAUCAUCAACGUUCAGAGGACAGGGCAGCCUCUGCCCCAGAGCAUCCAGCAGGCCAUGCGGUAUAUCCGGAGCCAAUGCCUGGACCAGGUUGGGAUUUUCCGCAAGUCGGGGGUGAAAUCCCGGAUCCAGGCGCUGCGGCACAUGAACGAAGCCUCCCCCGAGAACGUGAAUUACGAGGGCCAGUCAGCCUACGAUGUCGCCGACCUGCUGAAGCAGUACUUCCGCGACCUCCCGGAGCCCGUCUUCAGUGGCAAACUCACCGACACGUUUUUGCAGAUCUACCAGUUUGUCCCUAAAGAGCAGAGGCUGCAAGCCAUCCAGGCGGCCAUCGUGCUGAUGCCGGAUGAGAACCGGGAGGUGCUGCAGACGCUGCUGUACUUCCUCAGUGACAUUGCCUCCGCCGAGGAGAACCAGAUGACGGCCGGGAACCUGGCUGUGUGUCUGGCCCCGUCCAUUUUCCAUCUCAACGUCUGCAAGAAAGAGAGCACCUCUCCAAGGCUGAUCCACAAGAAGGGCACCGUGGGGAAGCCUGACCAGAAGGACCUGAAUGAAAACCUGGCCGCCACCCAGGGCCUCUCCCACAUGAUCACGGACUGCAAGAAGCUCUUCCAGAUCCCCCACGAUAUGCUGAUCCAGCUGUGCAACUCGUAUGUAUCGGCUGACGCCCGCCCACUCUCCCUGUCCGAGCUGACGAGCCAGAGCGUGCCGAGAGAGGGCCAGGAUCCCCAGGCCGACCUGGAGGUCAGCAUCCAAGGCCUGCUGAAGGAGUCCUCGGAGCGCUUCAAGGGCUGGCUCAGCAUGCCCGGCCCGCAGAACACGGAGCUUUCCUGCAAGAAGGUGGGUGAUGGCCACCCUCUGCGGCUGUGGAAGGCGUCCACGGAAGCAGAAGCCCCUCCCCACACCGUGCUCCAGCGGCUGCUCCGGGAGCGGCGCCUUUGGGACGAAGACCUGCUGCAGGAGAAAGUGAUCGAGGCCCUGGACAAGGACACCGAGGUGUACCACUACGUGACGGACAGCAUGGGCCCCCAUCCCCGCCGGGACUUUGUCGUCCUCCGGAAGUGGCGCACGGACCUGCCCCGAGGGGGCUGCCUCCUGGUUUCCUUAUCACUGGAGCAUAAGAAGCUGCAGCUGGAAGGUGCAGUCAGAGGUGUGAUCCUGACCUCCCAGUACCUGAUCGAGCCCUGUGGGAUGGGGCGCUCUAAAGUGACUCACAUCUGCCGGGCAGAUCUCAGGGGCCGGUCUCUGGACUGGUACAGCAAAGUCUUUGGCCACCUCUGUGCGAUGGAGCUGGCCAGGAUACGGGAUUCCUUCCCAGCGCUCAACCCAAGCGGCCCGGAGACAAAGAUCUGAGAGGCCCCCUCUGAAUGCUGGUUCUGCUGGAGGCAGACGUUGCAGCUGAGCGACUCGGCUUUGGCUUUGGGAAGGGGCUCUUCCGGGCAGCUGAGCACAGAGUUCCCCCCUUGAACUGCGCCCCGCCUCCUGCAGGGCAGGAGAAUCAGCCAUGCGUUCUCUUGCAUUCAAGAGGUUUCACGAGUGGAUCCUAGCGGCAUUCCCCAAUGAGGAUACAUUUGGCUGCCAUUUUCUGGUUCAGCAACAUCGCUUGUUGUUUGAAUGGGAUUUGGGAUUCCCCUUCUCCAAAGCUCCAGAGGGUGGUGUUGCCCAUCGAUGGCUUUCUCAGCUGCCAGGGAAAGGAGAAGGGUGACGAAAUCCAAACUGGCAGUCAGGAACACAGGGUGUGGUUGGGGAGUGGGUGCCCCUCAGCAGCAAAGCACAUGCUUUGCACUUCCAGAGACCUAGGUUCUAGUCCCAGGUGACCUCAGAUUUGGGGGGCUGGCAAAGAUGCCCUCCCGAGGCCCGGGAGAGCCACCCCAGCCAGAGUGGGUUAGAUGAACCAGUGCCCUGGCUCAGUCGAAAGUAGCUCUUUUGUAUCUUUUGAGUUCUCAUUGCUCAGUUUGACUAAUGGAUGGGCUCACCUGCACAGCGUAGCACCUGGGAAGGGACCGUUGACGUGGAGGCAUUGGUGUAGGGAGAGAAGCGGGAGAAGACAGAGUUGUCUUGGCGUCCGAGAGUUGGAGAGUGGCCAGUUGGAGACAGAGGAGGUUACUACUUGGUGGUUGCUGGUCAAGUGUGUGCAGCAGGAGGAAGAGGAGGUGUUGCUGUGUAUGUCAGGUGUGCCUAGCUGUGUUGUAGCACAUAGAAAUAAGUGUGUGUGUGUGUGUGUGUGUGUGUGUGUGUGUGUGUGUGUGUGUGUGUGUGUGACACAGACAUUCACUGUACUUUGUCAUGGAAGUCAGAAAAGUGAUGGCUGUUGCUCUUGUUUGUGUGUGUGACUGUGGACGGCCACCCCUAGAGUGGCGCAAGGCAGGGACUGGCCCAGUUGCUCCAGUCCUUUGUGUCUUGGCCUCUUCCAUUUAUAGGGGUGGAUGAUCUUGUUUGUCGGAGUCCAACAGGAUGUCUUUCAAGGCCAAAGAGAGAUUUCCCAUUCAUGUUAAGGAACAAGACAGAGCAGAUGGAAGGAAAGCUUCUGCCUGCUCCUUCUGUCUUUGCACCGGAUCUGGACCCCGAUUGCCAUGGUUCUGCCAAAGGGGACUAAGCCAGAGUUCUCAAGCUCUUAAAACAUGUUGGGGUCAAGCUUGCAUCUGUGGGAGCCACCAACUCCUGCCUGAGCUAACUUCAUCUCUGCAUGAUCAACGACCCAGAAGCGAAGGCAGAAGCAGUAGGCAGCCUUUGGCAUUCCAGGUGCUGUUGAACUACAACUGCCAUCAUCCCCAACCACAUUUUAUUUUAGGGGGAGUUUUAGUUCAAAAACAGCUGGAGUGCCAAAGGUUGCCUACCUGCCGAGCUAGGAGAUGGGAGUCCCCUUCCUGCUGGCAAAGGGGUCAUGAAUUUGGGCGAGUAUGGGGUCGUAUACCCUCUUAUGACACCUGCCCUCCUCUGGAAUGCCAGAAGAAAGGUGGUUCCGUGAUGGAGGGGAGGAGCAGGAAAAGUGAUGUCCUUUGAGCUAGAGACUCCUGUACUCUCUGGCCUGUGUUUUCUAAACCAAUAGGCUGACCUUGGCUAUCAUUAGCUUGUAUGUACUUAACCCGGGCCCAAUUAACAAGACAGCAUUCCAAUUGGAAAGCAAGAAAUCCUAAUCUAUUAGGAAGCUAAUGGUGUCUGUUUCACAGAUGAUAAAAUCAAUUGCUUUUGUCCACUCUUUUGUUUUAAUUACUUUUUAAAAAUGCAAACAACUUGUAUUCUCCAUGUGGGCCUUUUUUUUUUUUGUAAUACUAACGUCUGGGGAUGUGAUUUAUUUUCUGAUCAAUAUAAAGUUCCCUUUCAUAUCUAUAUAUAUUGUACAGUUGGGAUAUUAAUUUAAUAUAUAACUAGAGUGUAAGAGCAUUUGGACAGGUGAUGUUUGCCAGUGAGAGUGUAUUUUGUAUUUAAUAAAUUUUUGUACCAUAUGUAGACACUGCAGAGUGGCCAGAUAGAGGAGUUCCCCCUUCUCUAUUUGUACAGUAAAUAAUAAAGUACUAACAUACUU